AUGAGUGAAGUUGAUAUCCGGGUCGCGGUUCCCGAUGAUUUUCAGGACAUAUUGUAUGGAUUUCGAACAUACUUUUGGCCCCACGAGCCUCUUUCAUCUGGUUACAAAAUUAAAACGGCCUCGCCCUCCGAAGAGGAGUUCGUCAUGUCCACUCUACAUAAAGGAAUGAGUCUGAUAGCCACAGAUCCAGAUCGCGGAGAUAAGGUCGUUGGAUUCCUCACAAUCGAGAUUUUUAGCCCGGAGCUGCUUGCAAAAUGGGAUGAGCUCGGUAAGGACAAGCCGAAGGAUGAGCGGAUGGAAGCGAUGAGAGGGAUUUACGAUAAACUCAUCGAGAAUACUAACGUGUUUGAGAUGUACAAAGUCGAUAAGGUGCUUUGGCUACUUUGUCUGGGGGUAGACCAAGCCAUGCGAGGGAAGAACAUUGGAACCAAGUUGGUGGAGAGAGGUAUGUCUAUGGCUGAGUCAUUAGGAUGCAAAGUGAUAGAAAUGGACUGCACCAGUGUCUUCUCAACGCGGAUAGCUGAACGCACCGGCAUGAAAUCCAUCAGCGAAAUUGCGUACAAAGAUUAUGUCGAUGCGAAUGGUGAGCAGAUUUUCAACCCUCCAGCGAUACACACACAUAUACGACGAUUCAUAAAAAUUCAUGAAUAA